UUUCAUAAUCAACACUUUGGUGAUCACUAAACAAUUCAUCAAUUGUUGUGUUCGCUGAAUACGCUAAAAGUUUUGAAUUUUUACUCGACAUUUGAAUUAGUAGGCUUUGACAUUGCAUUCUUAUUCAGUGUGCAUUUUUUUCUCGAUAUUUGAAUUGGUAGGCUAUGGCAUUGCAUUUUUAUUCAGUUUCAGCUGUCUUAUGCGUACAAAAGUAAUAAGUUAGUGAAAAAAUGAGUUCAAAAUCAUUAUCAGGCAUUCCGAAAAAAAUAUUACGUUCUGAGCAAAAAAUAUUUCUUGUGGGUGAAUGUGAAAGUGUUAUUUUGGGGGCCAAGUUGCCAACAAUGAAACAGGUGCUCCAAUUAUUGUUUUACAAAAUGAGGCACGAAAACUUGACUUUGGAAAGCAGUAUGAAACACACGAUUGGUGCCACGAUUGAAUUUUGGAAAAAAGGUAAAAUUCCCUUGGCGCAAGAAAAAAAUUGUAUUAAAAAACUUAAAAAUCUUUACGAGGAAUGGAGAAAUUUACAAAAACAUUCCAAGACUCCUAACGAGAAGUGUCGUAAACAUGAAGCAGAGUUUAAGGAUAAAAUUGAAAACUUCAUAUUUGACAUUGCAGCCAUGGAUGCCCUUGGUAUAAUGAAAAUGCAGGAAGAUAAAGACUUUCUUUUGCUCCAAAGAAAUAGAGGACGUCCAGGUAGUAUAUAUGGGGCCGAUACUGUACUCACAAGAAAAGAAAAACGCAAAGAGCAAUGAAUGGAAGAAGAAAGAAAGCGCGUUGAAAAGCAUUUAGUUCAUACUAAUUAUCCUCUUGAAGUCUCUGAUACCGAGGAUGCUGAAAAGGAUAUUUCAGCUGGCGAAGAAAAUGCAGCAAAAGAUAUGAAUGAAGGCGAAGAUACAGACGGAGGUAACAUUAAUUUACUACCGAAAAAGGCAAAUCGAGGAAAAAUUAAUUUUAUUGAUGAUAGAAUGCUUGCAUGCAUGGACAAAUGGAACCUCUCAACAAGAGAUGCCAUGCAUUUGGUGAGUGCAACGGUUGCUGCCUUCAUAAAUACCAUGCAAAGUGUUAAUGGAACGCCGUCAAUAAAAAUGGAAGAUUUAAUUCUGAAUCGAACAACAUUACAUUCGAUGAGGAGAGAUUUUCGUCGCAGACAAGCUCAAGAGAUUAUUAAUGGAUUCAAUAUUCCCGACGUUUUUGUCCUUCACUGGGAUGGCAAGCUGCUUGCAGAAAUCCGAGGCACAGAAAAGAAAGAUAGAUUGUCUCUCGUUGUCACAGGAGAAAAUAUGGGAAAACUGCUGGGGAUACCAAAAAUUGAAAGUUCAACGGGAGAUGCAAUAGCUGCAGAAAUACAUAAUUUUUUGUGCAAGUAGAAGCUCGAUGAUUUAGUGGAAAUGGUAUCAUUUGAUACAACAGCUGCUAAUACGGGAGUUAAUAAUGGAGCAGCGUUCUUGCUUCAAAAAACGUUGGUCCGAAAUCUACUUUUCUUUCCCUGUCGUCACCAUGUUAGUGAGUUGCUAGUCAAAGCAGUGUUCUAACUAAAUUUUGGCAAAUCAUCAGCACCGGAAGUUCCCUCAUUCAAUCGUUUCUCUAACAGCUGGAAAAACAUUAAUUCUAAGUCAUUUAAAAGUGGAAUAUCGGAAAUUGAAGUUCGGAAAGUCUUUACAAUAGCUGAAGUGGAAAUAUUUAAGAAUUUUUGUCUAACUGCAUUAAAUAGUCACCACACUCGUGCCGAUUAUAAAGAACUACUACAACUAUCGUUGCUCUUUGUUGGGGAAGACGUACCAAAUUUUUCACAAGUAUAUUUGCUACAAAUUGCUACAAAAUGUUAAAUUAAAAAUCAUUUAUUGUAUUUGUCGGAAGAGGCGGUUGGCCUUUCAUUUUUUGAUGAUUAAAUUCCUUCACAUAUUAAGCGAAAAAUGGUGGAAGCAAUUACUAGCCAUAACCAGAAGGAAGAUGCUGUUCCAAAGAUAUAACGCUUUACGGCAGCAAGAAUAUAAAUGAUUUUAUUUCAUUAAGAACUAAAACAUUCUUUACCCGCUUAGGAAUUGAAACAAGUUUUUUGGAAUCAGACAUGGCAAGAAAGUGAAGACUAUAUACCGGGAAAACGAAUUUGUCAGCAUUUGUCUGUAGUUAAUGACGCUGCAGAGAGAGCAUUGAAAUUGAUCACAGACUACAACAGAUCGCUUACUUAUAAUGAAGAAGACAAACAGUACUUACUGCAAGUUGUUGAGCACUAAAGGCAAUUGUAUCCGUCUUACAC